AUGCACGGUUUGGGAGAGAACCAGAGUCUUCUCGACGAUGUUUCUGCGAAAUUGUCAAAGGUUGAUGUCGCAACCAUUCGUUCAUCCAGCUUACCCGACACUGAGAUCGAGCAUAUGUUGAGAUCGGUCUAUAACCUAGUAGAUUCUCUACGUCAGGACUCCGAAUCGAUUUUGCACAAUUUCGGUAUCGCAGAUUCAGCUCUCAAUGAUGCCGAUUACGGCGUUUCUGUUGCUGAAGCACGUUAUUCCAACGCGGAUGACGAUGUAUUCGGACGACUCGAGGACGACAAAAAGAAAGAGGAUGCCAAAAUCCAGACAGAUCUUAAAUCCAAAUUGGACAGUGUUCGCGCCGGGCCAGCCGAGAUUGCCGCCACCAUCAACAACCUCCUUAAAUCUUUAGGCAAAGCUCCAAUCACCAAGCGGAACCAUUCAUCAGAAUCUGUCCCUGCAGGCCACCCUAUUGACGUUCUCUUCCCUGGUCCUCGCCCUACGGCUAGUGCUGGUCCCAAAAAACCUGAUGAAGGUCUGGAACAUCAGGAGCGGCUUCGCAAGGCGCUAGAGAAUGCAAAGAGGAGAAAUGCCGCAAGAAAUACUCCACAACCACCGAGUUAG